AUGUCUCCAGUUCAAACUUCUAGUCCUUCAGAUAUGCCAAAAUACUUGCAAGAAACCCAAGUCUCCCAAGAAUUCAAAGACCUGAUUCUCUCUCUACGAAGAGAGAAAGGUUGGGUGGCAUCUCAUCUCCAUCAAUACCAAGGUUUCUGGCACACAACAAGGCAGCUUCAAGGCGUUCUCGCUUGCCAAAAACACUUCCAAUCUCAAGACACUGACGUACUCCUGGUCACCAAUCCGAAAUCAGGCACAACUUGGCUCAAGUCAAUUCUCUUCUCUCUAAUAAACCGUUCAGUUUUCACUGACCCCAAAAAACACCCUCUUCUCACAACUAACCCCCAUGUCCUCGUACCCUUUUUAGAGCUCGAUCUGUACGUCGAAAAUCGCCGACCAAACAUCUCUUAUUCUUCUUCUCCAAGACUGUUUUCUACUCAUUUACCUUAUGUUUCUUUACCUGAAUCAGUCAAAAGCUCAGCUUGUAAGCUGGUUUAUCUCUGCAGAAGCCCUAAGGACGCUUUUGUCUCUCAUUGGCACUUCGCAAACCGGUUGAGACCCGAGAGCUUGGGUGAAAACUCCAUGGAAGAGAUCUUUGAAAAGUUUUGCAAAGGAGUGAGCCUGUGCGGACCGUUUUGGGAUCACUCUUUGGGGUAUUGGAAUGAGAGCUUUAAAAGGCCUGAGAAAGUUCUUUUUUUGAGCUUUGAAGAGAUGAAAAGAGAACCGGUUUUUCAUGUGAGAAGAUUGGCUGAGUUCAUUGGUUGUCCUUUUUCUGAAGAAGAGGAGGCUAAGAGUGAGGUGGAGGAUGUGUUGGAAAUGUGCAGUUUUGAUAGCCUGAGCAAUUUGGAGGUGAAUAAGAUCGGAAAACUGCCGUCUGGUGAGGAUCACAAGGCGUUUUUCCGGCGAGGUGAGGUCGGAGAUUGGGUGAAUUACUUGACGCCUCAAAUGGCUGAAAAGUUGGACUCUAUUGUUGAGCAGAAUUUGCAUGGUUCUGGGCUGAAAUUCUAG